AGACAGGACAGGGAAAGGGGGAGUGUGUGUUACAGACAACAAGCGGUGGGUGAGUGUCAGUCUCCACACGUAACCGACGCAACCAACACCUUCUCUCUCUAUUUCUAUUGCUUUCUUCUUAGUUCUUAGUUCUUACCCACACACACACAAACACAUGCGUUGUUAUUGUUAACAUGGCUACGGAGCUUCUCCAAAUUCAACCCUCUCAACUCACUUUUGUCUUUGAAUUGAAGAAACAGAGUUCAUGCUUACUUCAUCUCGCAAACAACACUCCUCACCAUGUUGCCUUUAAGGUUAAAACGACGUCGCCCAAGAGAUACUGCGUCACGCCAACCAUCGGCAUCAUCAACCCACACGCAACAUCUCAUUUCACUGUUACUAUGCAAGCUCAACGCACAACACCACCUCACCUGCUCUGUAAAGACAAAUUCCUCAUUCAAAGCACCGUUGUCCCCUUUGGAACAACCCAAGACCAAAUCUCUUCUCACCUGUUCCUCAAAGAUAGUGGCAAGCGCGUUGAGGAGAAGAAACUAAGGGUCGUCCUCAUAACCCCACCCUCUUCCCCUGUAAAUGCAGAACUCGAGCAUCAAAACCUCCCUCCCCCUCUUUCACUGGUUUUUGAGGGAAAAAGUCCGGAAACAGCUCAGGAUAUGGAGGAGGAAACUGUUUCAAAGAGUGUUGAGAAGGUGGGUGGCAUGAAGCAGGCAAAUGAUGCUGCCAAGUUGACUUUUACUGAGGGUUCCGAGGAAUUGAAAUUGAGGCUGAAUGUAAUGGAUUCAAAGCUAAGCGAGGCUGAAAGAACCAUCAUCAAUCUGAAUGAAGAGAAGCGCAGGAACACCCAAGAAAAAAAUUUGCUCAAGCAAGAGUUGGAGAUGCUGAAGAGGACAGUCAAUAUGAAAAGAGCUCAAGGGGGCUUUCCGUUACUGUUUGUUUGUGUGGUUGCGCUUUUCAGUGUGGCACUCGGAUAUUAUAUUCACCCAUAAGGGGGAAAUAUGUAUAAUAUCAGACAUUCUAAAAUCAUGGAGUUCUUAAUGAUUCGAUAGAGGGCAACUCGUGAAUUGUGAUGGUAACACUCAAGAAAUGUCAAUAUGUGAU